CUUUUCGUCAACGUCUUACUGUAUUGGUGAAAAUUAUUGAUAUCGUGAAAAAGUUGGAAAUUGGGGGGAAAUGGGUAGUUUGAAAUCGAUCGCAAAUUUACGUGGGUUACAAAGUAUUAACCACAUUUACUUAAAGCCGUACAUUCAAGGUUUUUUUGAAACUGGUCAAGGAAAUGCUCAAAAAAUAAGCUCAACAAGCUAUAAUCAAUGCCAGAGUCCACCACCAGAACAAGCAGCAGCCUCAUCAUCCGCAAAUGAAUCAAAUAACAGUACGAAAAAAGAAAUUGUGGAAAUAACAGAUUAUCUAACAAAAACAAUCGUUCCGAAUAUGUAUGAAAAGAAAUCAGAUUUUGAUUAUACAUAUAAAGGAUUUUAUCAAACACCAGAGUAUUAUUACCAUCAUAAAUACAGUUUUUAUGAUGCGCUAGCAUUUGUUGAAAAAUAUAAAUCUGAGCGAAUUAAAAUUAAUGAAAAUAUUGAUGAUCAAGUCUCUUCAACUGUUGCUUUGGAUGCUGCCAAAGAUAUUAAGGAUGAAAUUAAAAAUGUUUUGCCAUAA